AUGGAGAUUGACCUAAACAUCACAAGCAUUGAGGUAUCCAAGGACACAUAUGACUUUCUGUUGCUGGCAUAUGAUGAUAAGGAGGUUGUUGUUGAGAAGAGCAUAACAAUGGUUUUCAAGAAAUUCCACGACACUAUAAUUGGAGAAAGCAGGAUCAUGCUGAUGAAGAAGUCGUUUCCGUGGGAUGUUUGCAAUGGGGUUGUUUUGCUGAGCAAUUCGUUUCUGAAACACAGCGAGGAGGGAUGCGAGCAUACAUCGGAUAUACUGCAUGGGAGGUACUAUGACAAGGUAAAUAGCUACGAUGUGUAUAAAAGAGAGGUUGUUGGAACAGUAAGGUAUUGGUUCUCAAGACGGAUAUGCGAAAGCAAUGAGCUGUGCAGCGAGUCAAGUGGCGAUGGAUUUGUUAAGAAGAUGUUUGAAUACUUCCUGAGCGAUGACAAGGCUGGAGCAAUUAUUAGCAUCAAGAAGCUGAUGGAUUAUAUCAACAGCGGAAGCAAUAGCUGUAAGAUAAGUAUUUUUUUUGGAGGGAUUCUUGUUGAAAGAUCGAUGUCUGACAUGAAUGCAAGGUUCGCCAAGGAUGUCGACCUGGUUCUUGAGAAGAAUGAGGAGAGUCUUCCAAAGCUUUUUGAACCGUUCUACAUUGAGAGUGCGAAUAACUCGUCUGAUAACUGUGGCAAUGCAUGCCGAAGAAGCGUGCUGUUCAAGAUAAGGCUGGAUGGGGAUGGCGAAGAUGAACCAAUGCGUAUGUCAAGGAUUCUCUCUAGUAAUGGAUACACUAUAUGCGACAUGGCGAUUCUGCGUGGAAUGAAGAGGCUGCUGUACUUUACGGUGUGUUCCUAUGCAAUUAGUUGGCCAGGAAUGUUUUUGAAGCCUCAGGCACAGGUUGACAAGAGCAUCCAAGGCGACCGAAGAGCUGUGCUGAGGAUUCUUGCGAUAGAAGAUUCUGAUCUGCUGAAGGUGUGCCUGGAUGCAUCUGAGGUGGUGCAGCAUGUUGUAUUCUACGACAGAGAGCACAGGAGGAUGGUGGUUUCGUUCAAGGGGACGACGAAUUCUGAGGAUGCAAUAGAAGAUAUAAACUGCGAAUAUACAAGGUUUAGUGAUGGGUUUGCACAUAACGGAUUUCUAAGACUCUCGAUGCUGUUUAUCAACAACCACAUUGAUGCAAUCAGGCAGAUGCUGGAAGCGAUGAGUUGCAGCAGGCUUUUGCUAUCUGGGCAUUCGCUUGGGGGAGCGAUUUCGGUGAUGACGAAGAUAAUUGUAGAGGAGAAGAAGCUGCUGCCUGGAGUGAAUGUGGAGGCAAUAGGGUUUUCUGCGCCGCCGGUUGUGUCUGAGGAGAUAGCAAGCAGAUACACAGACGGGAUUGCGGUGAUAAACUACGGAAAUGAUAUUAUUCCGAGGAUGAGCUUUGGAAGCAUUCUUGACCUGAAGUUCCUGUGCUGCUCGAUAGGCAAAAGGUAUGGGCCGUUUGAUUUUGGUAAGAGCAUUGAGAAGGACAUUGAUGUGGUAGUUGAGCACCUUGGCACAACCAAAAUGCACCCAAAGCUGUACUUUGCUGGGGAGAUUGUGCAUUUGAAGAGGAUCCGAUGCUCGCUGGAUGGGAAUGAAAGCCCGAUUGUUGUGUUUAGGAUGGUGGACAUGAGCUUCUUCGAGAGUAUUGUUCUGAUAAAGCAUGCACCGAAGCACCACAUGAUGAGCCAUAUUGAAAGUGUGAUUGAUGAGGGGAUAGAGAUUCUUGAAAGAAAGCAUGGCGAUACUCAUGGAUGA